AUGGUAUAUCUUCCAACGCUUAUCCUCGGCUUUUUGGUUCUCUCGCUUCUAUGCCGGUUCUAUCUCUUUCCCUUGUUGUUCUCUCAAUUGAGCAACUUUAGGCUUACAUCCAUAUCCCCUCUGUCUGUCAAGGGGCUUGAGUACCGGCUGCGAGACGAAAAGGCUGCAGUGAUCCCUACGCUCCGGGUCGAACGAGCAGCUUGGACCUGGGGAGGCUGGAAGGAAGAUGGCGCAAAGGGUCUGAUAGUCUUAAAGCUGGAGGGAGUGAGCCUACGAGUCAGACACAGGUCCCCGAAAAGGGACGAGCGUAAACCACCUCAUCCCAAAACGCGUAAACCUCCUGGUCUCCUAAGCCGAAAUCUCAAUCGAUUGCUCUCCAUCAUCCUUCAUUUGUUCCUCCACCACUGGCCAUCCUUGGCACGCGUAGUCUCGCUUCAGAUUGCCGACUCAAGAUUGAUCUUCGAUGAUCUCAGCGGGCUGGAGCUUACAGUCCGAGAUAUACACCUCGGAGUCAAGGUCCUGUUCGAGGGCAAGGAGCCACAAGACCCCGGAACGCCCGCAUCCCCAACUCUCCCCUCCCCAUCACAGGAUACCGGGCGUGCUUAUCCUCUUGCUUCCCCUCCUCCGGAGACUGGCGGUACCAGUCCUCUACUCUCGCCGCAUGGGUUUUUCACAUCUUUCACGCUCCCUGGGGCACCAAAGCCGGGUGACACACCGCCUUCGAGGAUACAGAAUGCUCGGCGGACCGCAUCCACCCUCCACUCUCGUAUGUCGAGUACUGCGAAUGCAGUGUGGUCAAGGGCAAUAGGACGAGCUCAUGGAUCCGUCAUCUUCAUGACCUCUGUCACAGAUGUCGCACUAAUCCUUCCCUACCUCGACGAGAUUGAGGACCACAGAUCUGGUCCGAGGCGCCCAUCGACGCACCUAUCCCACCGAGCUUCGAUUCGUUCUUUCAACUCUGAAGUCGGCGAGAAGAUGCGCAGGACAUCGAUGCUGGCAUUCAUGAAACCCUGCGGCUCUAACGCACCACGUUAUGCCCUACCAUCGGACGAGAGCGGCUACGAGACGUUGGGUGUGAUAGAUGAGGCGACGACAGCAUCUUUGGCUUUGGGCUUUGGGCCAAAAAAGGGAUUACUUGGUGAAGAUACUCUUCGGACGAGUCUUGCAUUGGGCAAGAUUCACACCAGUCUCGGUGCCAUGGAAAAGGUCAAUGAGCUGGCCAAAUCUCACCGAGGCAAAUCGGCAAAGGAUGAGGCCAAGGAUUCCAAUGCGAGAUGGAGUCCAAAGGGCCUGCCAAGAAUAAUUCUUCGUGCGCUAGAGAGCGUUUCAGUCUCUCUCAACCACCUCACAGUCUCCCAGUACCUCGCGGCUAGUGACUCACGGCCCCGCUCUGCAUCCUCCUCCGCAACCGACAUCUCGGACCUACUAGUUCCUGAAGAUGAUGUCUACACAGUAUCUUUGGAGCUCGAUCAAUUCUACUGCCAGCUUGACGCUGCCGAUUCUUCUACCAAUUACUGGACGCACAAUGCGUUUGGCGUCAACAGCCACCCCGAAUCCAAAGUUCGAGGAGUUGGUUUCAAGCUUGCGUGGGGUACCAUCGGACUGCAGUGUAUAGCACCGGGCGAGGAAGCCCACGAGAAGUCACAGCUGUUGCAGAUGCGUUCUGCCGACUUUGAGGGAUGCUCCACGUGGCGACCCAAAGGUUGGUCGAGGGAAGAGCUGCUUUUCGCCGGUGACCCCAAUCUGGCUCUCAUCGUUGGACGAGGCGGCCUCGCGUCAGUCGACAUCGCGGCUGACCUGCCGCUGUUGUGCAGUCUCAAAGAGGCCUGGCUCCGAAACCGGCCACCUACACCAGCAAAUACGGGUACGACUGAAUCUGUAGAGCUAGAAACCACUUGGGAUCUACCACCCAGGGUCCGCCUCGGAUUUGAUGUUGGUCACACGAUGGUCGUCGUUGCAGAUCCUACUUCGGAGGACAGUACGACACUUACGAUGGCCUCUGAAGGUCUACGGACUAGCUGCUUUACCAGCUUUGCCGACAUUGUAGCGAGACGAAAUCGCACUGCCUCGAGAGCGGCGUUCAAAGCUGAGGAAGAGCUUCGUUCUAGGCGAGAACAAAACGGACUCGAUGAGGAUUAUUCUCAACCGAGUCCGAUGCUCAAGCCGCAAUAUCGCAGACAUUUCAGUCAACCGCCUGCUAAAUUACGAGAUGACUUUGCGCUCUCUAUGCGGGCGGAUGCUUCACUGGAGCUCGAACCACUGUCAUUCCACUUGACGCUGUCGGGUCAGGAUCCUAAGAACCCCACUGUCCAUCAUCUCGGAUCGAUUGGCCGACUUCACACGACCCUUGGCGGCGACAUUUGGGGGAAACAGAAUAUUCAGAAGUCUGGAGCCGAGAUAGCUCGCUUGAUGCCCGAUUCGAGAUCUUUUGCAUUGGAUCUAGGAAUCGAUCAAGGCAUCAAGCUGGACAUGUGGAACUCGGAUGUGGUCGAUUCUCUGAUCACCAUGAUCAAAGCCCAUCAGCCGUCUCAACCCAAGGAUAAGCCUGCGAAAGGUCCUAUACUGGCGAAGUUGCCCAGCGGUAUUUCUGUUCGUGUCUCCCUUGGUCUCAUCAGUCUCUUUGUCGGUCAUCCGGAUCCUAACCCCGAUUGCAAGCUGAAUCUGACGCGUGGACUUUGGCUUCAAACCCAGGUGACUCUCGAAUAUGCUUACUACGGAAAUCGAACGCAGACACUGACUUAUCGACACCAUCUUUCGUCCGCGACUCGAGCCAAACUUCGACUACCGGAGGACAUCAAGACUCAAGCUCUUGCUCAAUUCACAGAGCGUUCCAGCAAGGACGGUCGCGCGGCCUUGUUCGCCAUGUCGUUGACAGGCACGAUUGUCAAAGCCAUCUUCCACGGCGAGCGAUUUGUCAACAAGGGGGGCAUUUAUCUCUCCCACGAGAUACCGCAGUCUCCGAAACCAAAGGAGUCUGAAGCCUUUGUCGGCUGGGAAUUCAUGCGGCCGAAGCCGAAGACUCAUCUCAGUUCUGGACACAUCACCAACGCCUUGCCUCCGCUCGACUUGGCCGAUUCUGAACAAGCUACGAGACCGCUGUUGAAGACAUCUCACUGCAAUUUCAACUUCGUCGUCUGUACUGAGAGCCGCGAUGCUCCGCUGCAGUACGAUCUUAGUGGGCAUGUGGAUGGAGUCGAUAUAGUGUCGGAUCUCUCGCACGUGUAUUGUGCUCUGCUCGCCACUUUGGUGUUCCGUCGCAUGGCAUCUGCGCUCAAACGAACAUCACAUGCGCCGAAAGAGCAACCUAAGACGACAGACGCCCUUCGUGUAAGCGUCACUAUUUCCCACAUCCAAACGUACAUUGUCUUCCCAGCCGGGGAACACAUGGUCAGCUACUUCAAUCUCGUCAAGGUUUACAAGCAAAGGGCUGAGCCCAUCAAAGCCAGAAUCGAAACGGCGCUGAUGUAUGUGCCGAGUCCCCGGCAAGCGGGAGCGUUCGAGGAACUUGUCCGUUUACGAGGUCUGGAGGUGACCUUUGAUGACUCUGGCCCGAAACCAUCGUUCAGAGUGGAUGCCGAGGCUCUCCGUGUGCGGAUACCUUUCGGAUACGUUUUUGCCAAGUUAGUGCUAAACGUUCAACUUGCGGUCAAGAGCAUGAAGCUGCUUGUCGAGGAUCUUGGCUCCGAAGGCGAAUUCCUGUUUGUCCGUCGACCCACCGCAGAAGCUGCCAAGCAAGUACCUCCGAUAUCGAUCAAUAUCAAGUACCUAUCACUGGAAGCCAAGGACAACCCCAUAGAGACGAGGUUGAACCUCAUCUGGCGUGUGGGCAUGAACGAACAGCAGAUUCGAAAUUCGUGGGAGGAUACGUUCGAGCGCAAACAGCAGGUCAUGGAAGAGGCAGUGUCUCCAUCUGUGGAUGACGAUGUAGACACUCGACCUGGAUCAUACAAGCUGUCCAAGAAUGCCACAGUCUCAUACGAGGAAGCUCGAUAUCGGCUGGACUGGUUCAAAGCCCAAGAGUGGCGCAAGCGCAUUGACAGCGCCAUCAAGACGCAGCGUUUGCGAGAGCAAGAGGCACUGCGAACAAUGGAGAGCAUGGGGCCAGACCGAAAACUGCCCAUUCAGAUCGCGGGGUCUACCAAGAGCGCUCCACUCUUCCGGGCCGCAUUUGAAGGCGUCCAAAUGGUCGUCAAGUACCUUGGGUGGUCACGGGAUGACACAAUCAAAUAUAUGGGCGACGUUUCAGCGCCAUUUGACGAAGGCGCGGAAUUCUCGCUAUUCAUACCCCUUCAUCUGACUUGGAAAAUGACUUCGGCAAGUCUCAAGUUGCGCGAUUAUCCUCUCGAUCUGAUCAACAUUCCACUGUCUUCGGACGGGAAACCUAGCUGGGAACUCGAAACGCCGUUCAUCAUUGCCGAAGAGCUACAAGGCGACGACUCGGUGGUGUACAUCCCGAGUAUGGUCAUCCCAGCAGACUGUGGUGCCAGAGGCGCAGCACCAUUCCGCUUGCAGAUUGCCAAGACGAUCAUGCCGGUGAAGACGUAUUGCCGACCCGUCAUCAAUAUUCUCACCGACCGCACGACCGAGUUCACCUGGGGUAAUUCGUAUUCUCCCGCCAUAUCCGAUUUCGCGCGCGUGAUUGAGUCUCUCAGUCACCCACCACGAGAUCCGAGUCCUCGAAUCGGAUUCUGGGACAAGUUUAGGUUGAUCUUGCACUGGAAGGUCACAAUCCAUUUCUCAGACACUGUGCACCUACACCUGAAAGGUUCGAGCGAUCCAUAUGCUACUACAGGCCAUGGAGCUGGAUUCGCUCUGUCUUGGAGUGGAGGGACCAAGGUGGAGAUCAAUCAGCCUAAUCCGGAGCACGAGACGAUUCAAAUCACCGCUGAAGAGCUCCUCAUAGCCAUACCAGAUUUGUCGGCCGCACAAGACGAUCAAGCGAUCGGACGAGACAGUAGUCCGCGCAAUAAGAGCCACGAGCAGCAGGACUUGAUCGAAAGGAGGUACACAAAGCCUUGUGCUCAGUACCAAAACGGUGUCAGAGUUGGUUUCGGGUUUGUGUUCGAGCGGACUUGUCGCCCGUGGAGCUGCAAGGAGAACUGCGGAUCUACCGAGAAUCUUUUGCAUCGGCAGUGUCGCAUCAUGGAGUUCAAGAAGCAUCAAGACGUCAUUCUCCGUUCACCUGCGGCGAUCGAACGGGACGACAAGGAGGCUGGGCAUCCUACUGACUCGUAUGAAGGAUUCCGGUCAGACUUCGUUCAUUUCUCAGUCUCAAAUGUGUCGCCCCUCAACAAGGUUGAUCCAAAGGAAAAGGACUCGACGAAAUUAACGGGUCUCCACUUCAGCCCUCGAGCCUUCGCACACUUCUUCGCUUGGUGGAAACUGUUCGACUCGGCAACGUCUCUGCCCAUCAGACAGGGCAAAUUGUUCCCUGACUCCCCACCUCCCUCUAAAAAAUUCGGUAAGAGUUUGGGAACUAUCAAGUAUCGUUUCGACCUAGCGCACGUCUUCGUCUCUCACGUCUACGCCCAAGUUGUGCCAGAACUAUGGGCUGAAGGCAAGCAUCAGGCUCUAGGAGUUAAAGCUCGAUUUGGUCGCUUCAGAGCCGACGCACAUCAACGAGCUCAAGAGAAGACUGUGCGACACGAAAAGCUGCACCGGACAACAGUCGUCGUUCACAAGCCAUUUUACGCAGCUGAUCUUUUGCUGGACGACAUCGAACUCAAGGGAAUCCGUGCCGACUUUAGGGUAGAUGGAACCUCUGGAACAAGCACUCCUAAUCCCAACUCUGCUACUGCUCCUCGAGUCACUGAGCUCGGUCCUGAAGCAAAAGGCUGGUUCAACUUUUUCGACUUUAUCGACGUGGAUCGUAAACCGUUUGAUCGGGAUCCUGAGCUGGAAAUCGUAGACAUCGGUGACUGUCCCGAGAUAUUCUUCUCUAAAAGAGUCAAAGCGAGACAGACACGGCCUGACGACGACCAAAACGAAAAUGAUUCCGAGAGCGUGAACUCGUCUCAAGACAGUCGACUGGAACUGGAGAGCUCCAAAUUCGGGCACGAGCGUUCGCACAUUUGCUAUCUUGGGGCAGCGGCUGCAGUUGGCCCUACACAGGUUAGAAUCACCAAGGCCAGAAUUUCUGAACUGGAAGAUCUGCGCGAGGCUCUGACUAAUGAAGAGAUUGGCAAUGCUAACGACUUGAAAAAUGUUUCGAAUCGGCUGAAUACCCUGUACAAACAUCUGGAAUAUCUGUCUUCGAAGGAAAGCCGACAUAUGGAUGACGACACGUUCCAGACGACUUAUGUCCAUCCUCUUGACAAGGAAGAACACCGCACGGGAGAUAUCAGCUUCGAGAACACGGUCCACGUUCAUUGUCCUCGUAUUAUCCUCACGAACACUGCCAGAAACCUGCUUUACAAGUAUUACUUUUCUAGCCGAGACCGGAAAAGGGAAGAAUACACUACAUCCCAUGCCUCGCUACGAGGUGUCAGAGAGAGCAUCGCCAAACGGUUGUCUCGAGAUCAGAAAGGCUUGUUCGAACACGCCGAUGAUAUUCCCACUUCAACAGAGGAUUACGAGGGACUGGAGAUCCUCUCGGAACUACAGGACAUGCUAUGCGGACCAAAUUCUGUCAAACGAUUCGAAGUUCGUGAUCACAACUUGUCCGGAGAGGAAGAACUUCGCCGAAGGUCGAUUGGUAUACCGGAGGAUUGCAUGGUGAAACCGCAAAACGACUUUCUCAUCCUCAAACCCCAAGUGGGCCUCCGAAGUAACGUGGACCAAGACUCCAUCGUCUUGCUCACUAUGGAGGAGAUCUCGUUCAAGGGGUACAGAGUCAUGGACAAGCAAUUGUCGGAUGUGACCGCAGCGAACGUGCUCGACCGGAACUACGUCGCGAUGAAAGGUCUUCAAGCAUUUUACCCCAGCGAGACAACCAUGGGACGCCAACGUGGACCCUUGGGGGUGCCUCGUGGUCUUGACUUUGUUCCUUUGGAAAUUUUCCUUGAUGUGCGGAGUGAAGCCACCGAGUAUGAUCGGAUCGUGCUCAAAUCCGAUGCGGCGAUCUACUUUGAUCGUUUCAAUCAUUUGCGCAUGCCUCGCGGUCUUGACUGGCCCGAUGUCAAGGAUGAUGAAGGCUAUUCCAUGAACCAUUUACGGCGGCAUCAAGACUUGUUCACCAUCAUCGUCCCUCGGCUCAGUGUCGCCGCCACAUCCAAACACUACACUGCACUGUACAACGUCGUCACAGACUUGCUGCUUUACGUUGAUCCAAAACAUCGGCAGCGUUCGGAGCGCAUCGACAAUUUUAUUUAUGCUUUCGAUCGAAAAGAUAGAAAUCCGCAAAAACUCAUACUGGACCUUUUCACUCUGCAGCAGGAGAUCCGUCAUCUGGCAGCUCUGGAGCGGGGCUAUGCUGCCAAUAUGGAUUUACUGGAUGAGUCUGGACGCGAAGAGCUGUUCAAAAUCAGGACAGAUCAGAUGGAGGGCAUGGAGCAAUUAUUCACCGUUUUUGAGGCAAUAAGUGUGAAUCAAGCGAGGGACGAUGCCAAGGCGGCGCUCAAGACUGCCUCACGAAUGGAUGUUAGGGUCGGCGGCAUCGCGUGGCAUAUGCUCCGAGACGAUUUGACGCCGCUGAUCAAGCUGGACAUUGAAGGAACACUUUAUUCCAUCGUCAGCAACAAGGACGGCUCGACAGACAACGCUGCUGUGUUUGGUGAGCUUUCCGCCUUGAACAGCAGCCACGAGGCAAUGUAUCCCGAGGUAUUGGCUCGGUAUGAACCAUCCGGGGCUGGCAGACGAAAAAACCGCGACUCCUUCGCUUCCAUCUUUAUGUCGACAAUGGCUGCUGUUGGUGGUAUUCAAAUCGUUCGUCAUCUCGCGGUCAACCUUCAUCCGGUCCGUUUCAAGCUGGAAGAAAGACUCGGACACGAGAUCGUGGAUUACAUCUUCAAUGAUCGAGUCAAGAGACGUCGUCAAAAGGCCGAAGAGAAGCAGAACGGUACCACGAAUGGACACAGGGAGAAUGGCACCACUACCCCUGGCCCAUCGGGUCGCAGAGACGCACAACGCACGCCGUCUGGUAUGGAGAUGCCACCGUUGAAUCGAACCAGAUCUCAAGCCUCAAUCUUGUCAGAAACGCCUAACGGACGAAGCUCCGAAGAUCAGUCUGAGGGCGAUCAUAAAUUCACCAUGGUGCCAAUGCAGGAUGCGGCGGAGAUGCGCCGACGAGCCAGUGCGAACAAGACAUUUGUCAAGAUCGUCUUUGCUGCGACCAGUAUCGUUCUCAGCUUCAAGACCGAUGAGACCAAAAAACAUCGACGGUUCAGUAUUCCCGAUUGCGUGGACUUCAAGUUUAAAACGCCUGAAAUUGUCUACAACAACAAAGUCUGGGGUUACGAGGACGUAUUUGAGCAUUGGAAACGGGAUACCCGGAGCUACGCCUGGUCACAGACUGGUGAUUUACUCUCUCAGCUCAUCAAAAAGACAUCUGUUUUCCGGUCGAAGAAGACAUUGAAGCACAUUGCGACGCUGCAGCCAGAUGCCAGCAAGGACCGGAGCCCUUCGUCACGAGUCUCGUCCAUGUCCUCGAAACUGAGGUAUCACGUCGAACCCCCGACACCACAGGAUGAGAUACAAAACUCGUUGUCCUUGGCUGGAGCCAUGUCGGGCGAGCAACGAGACGGCUCCAACCCUGUGUCUCGAUCGACUUCCCGGACUGACGGGAGCUCUCAUGUGAUGACCGGAGGUGCCCUUUCAUCUCCUCCAGCCACGAUCAGCGAAUCGGAGAGCUCUGACAGUGAGCGAGAGGAUCCUGCUGCGCGUAUGGGCCGAACGGUGAAGGGUUUCAUCGGAAAGUUGAGAUCGAGAACCAUGAGACAGGAUGGGAGCCAGCCCGGAUCAUCCGAGGAUGUGAUUGUCCAGGAGUAG